AUGUCCGGCCCUUUCUCCAGCCCCUUUGGGGAGAAUAGCAACCCCUUUGGAACAGACAGGGGUAAGAGGACAAACAAUGCAAUUCAUCGUGUUGUUGAGGAAGAGGAAGAAAACGACACCAUCACAUCGCCUACGAACGCUCGCUUCGGAGCAUCACCAAACUCGGCCUCCAUGUUUUCGGGCCCCUUUGGCGGGGGCUUUGGCGGUGACUCUUCUGCUGAAGCACCUUCUGCGUCGCGAAACGUCCCAAACCCUGAUAGCUACCCGGCCCAGUACAACUUCGGUCGCCGAACUUCAGUAUCUGCGGAAUCCUUGAAACCCAGUGCCGAUUCCUAUGAUAAUUGGUCACCCCCUUUUCAUGAGAAGACCCCGGACCAGAUCGAACGUCUCAAGCAUGCCAUCGAAGGCAAUUUCCUUUUCAGCCAUCUGGAGGAUGAACAGAGCGCUCAGAUUUUGGGUGCCCUUGUCGAAAAGCCGAUACCAGCCAAGGGCAUCAAGGUAAUCAGCCAGGGAGAUGCUGGCGACUACUUCUAUGUCGUCGAGAAGGGAUCUUUUGACGUAUAUGUCAACCCCAGCGGCUCGCUGCAGCCCGGUCCCGAUGGUAUGGGUAACCAAGUUGGUAACAUCCAAGCUGGUGGCUCAUUCGGUGAAUUGGCGUUGAUGUACAAUGCACCUCGAGCUGCGACUGUAAUUUCUGCCGAGCCUGGCUGCACUGUGUGGGCACUCGAUCGUGUUACUUUCCGCCGCAUCUUGAUGGAGUCGACCUUUGCUCGGAGACGCAUGUAUGAGAGCUUCCUCGAAGAAGUGCCUCUCCUUUCGACCCUGAACCCAUACGAGCGAUCCAAGAUUGCGGAUGCGUUGGAAACACAGAAAUUUGCUCCAGGAGAGAUCAUCAUCAACGAGGGAGAUCCUGGCCAUGCGUUUUAUCUGCUGGAAAGUGGCGAGGCGGAUGCAUACAUUGGCCAGCCUGACAAUAAAGUCCGUCACUACAAGAAGGGUGAUUACUUUGGUGAGCUUGCCUUACUCAACGACGCCCCGCGAGCAGCUAGUAUCGUUGCUGCGUCACCAGUCAAGGUUGGAAGCUUGGGAAAGAACGCUUUCCAGCGACUGCUGGGUCCUGUCGAAGGUAUUCUACGAAGGACCAAGUAUCAAGGUGUUGCAACUGGUGUUGAAGAGAUGGAUCCACUUCACACCGGCUAG